AUGGAAUAUAAUGCAGAAAAAUUAGAAGUUGUUUAUUUUGGCAUGCAGAAUAGAAAAGGAGCAUGUUAUUUAAAUAGUGAGAGAUUGCAGAGCCCUGAAAUGCAGGAAGAUCUCGGUGUUCUCACGCGUGAAUCACCGGCAUUUAGUAUACAGGAACAGAAGGGAAUCAAUUUGGUCAUCAAGAUGGCGACUGUGAUUAAUACACACCAGAGCUAUCUUCGCAUUCCCCGAGUGUCUGUUCAUCCUGCAGAUGAUGAGGUGGAACAGAUGGAGAAUGGACAAAGCAGGACCCAGACCCUUGUUGAUGGCAGGGAGAUGUCCAACAUUAACAACAGCAACAACAAUGAUGAAGAGAAAGAGACAAAGAAGGAAUCCAAAAAGAGCAAAAAAGAGAAAAAGGGUAAAUCUGGUGGCAAAAAAGAAAAGAAAAAGGAUAAGGAAAAGAAAAAAGAUAAAGAUAAUAAUAAGGAAAAGGAUGAAGAAAAAAAUAAAGAUGAGAAGAAAGAUGAUGAGACCGAUAACAAGCAAGAUAUCAAGAAAAUGCUGAUGAAUAUGAUUCCCACGCUUCCCAUUCUUGAUCCAGCAGGAAACAUGUAUUACAACUGGCUCCUGAUUAUUACAAUGCCUGUGAUGUACAACUGGACAAUGAUCAUCGCUAGAGCAUGUUUUGAAGAACUUCAGUCUGACUACUUGAGCACGUGGUUCAUCCUUGAUUAUGUAUCAGAUGUUAUUUAUAUACUCGACAUGUAUUUAAGAACAAAAACAGGGUAUCUGGAACAAGGUCUAUUGGUCAGUGAUGGAAAGAAACUCAGAGAAAAAUACUUUGCCACAAUCCAAUUCAAAUUAGACGUCAUCUCACUUAUACCAACUGACUUUCUGUAUUUUUUAUUUGGACUGGAAUAUCCAGAAAUUAGAUUAAAUCGUUUGACUAGGAUUAGUCGAUUGUUUGAAUUCUUUUCAAGAACUGAAACUCGGACAAACUACCCAAACAUUUUCAGGAUUUCCAACCUUGUCAUGUACAUUGUGAUCAUUAUUCAUUGGAAUGCUUGUGUGUAUUUUUCAAUUUCCAAAGCUAUAGGGUUUGGGGCAGAUACAUGGGUAUAUCCAAAUGUAUCCAUUCCAGAGUUUUCCCGGCUUGCUCGGAAGUAUGUGUACAGUCUCUAUUGGUCAACACUGACACUAACUACCAUUGGUGAAACACCUCCUCCUGUAGAGGAUUCAGAAUACUUUUUUGUGGUGGCUGAUUUCCUAGUUGGAGUGCUGAUUUUUGCCACCAUUGUUGGUAAUGUUGGUUCUAUGAUUUCCAACAUGAAUGCAGCUCGUGCAGAGUUUCAGUCAAGGAUUGACGCCAUCAAGCAGUACAUGCACUUUCGAAAAGUGAGCAAAGAUUUGGAAAAGAGAGUUAUCAAAUGGUUUGACUACUUGUGGACAAACAAAAAAGCUGUAGAUGAAAGAGAGGUCUUGAAAUAUCUUCCUGACAAGUUAAGAGCAGAAAUUGCCAUCAAUGUCCACCUUGAUACACUGAAGAAAGUUCGAAUCUUUGCAGAUUGUGAAGCUGGUCUGCUGAUUGAGUUGGUGUUGAAACUAAGACCCCAGGUGUACAGCCCAGGGGAUUAUAUCUGUCGCAAAGGAGACAUUGGUAGAGAGAUGUACAUCAUCAAAGAAGGGAAACUUGCUGUUGUUGCUGAUGAUGGAAUUACUCAGUUUGUGGUUCUAAGUGAUGGCAGCUAUUUUGGUGAAAUUAGUAUUCUGAAUAUCAAAGGUAGUAAAGCUGGAAAUAGAAGAACAGCAAACAUUAAGAGUAUAGGCUACUCAGAUUUGUUCUGCCUCUCCAAAGAUGAUCUAAUGGAAGCACUCACAGAAUAUCCCGAUGCAAAAGCAAUGCUGGAAGAAAAGGGAAAGCAAAUUCUAAUGAAGGAUGGUCUUUUGGAUUUAGAUAUUGCCCAGCUUGGAGCUGACCCAAAGGACAUGGAAGAGAAAGUAACAAGACUUGAUAUGGCAAUUGAUCUUUUACAGACUAAAUUUGCUCGACUUCUGGCAGAAUACAACUCUACACAACAAAAACUAAAAGAAAGAGUAACAAAGAUUGAGAAUAAAAUUAAACAAUCAGGAAUGCAAUUUGAAUAUUCAGAACUGGUAGAUGCUGAAGCACCAACUGAAACUGAAGAAAGUAAAAAGUAG